GAGAGCGCGGGUUUACGCCCCUGCUCCCCGCCAGCUCCUUGGCUUUAUUAAUUAUCAAGAAAAUGACCUAUGCGUGUCAACCACACACCCACAUUACCAGCCCUCACGUAAAGCUAAGCUACAUCAUCAGUUUCCCCUUUCCGCCCUCUCACACCGUUCCCCGCUUCAUUAGGCUACUCUACACCACCUGACAGCCCUAGUUACGUGACUGUAACAAUUAUUUAAAAAAAUACAACAAACUACAUUUUAAGUGUUACGGCGACAUAAAGCGUGGAUGAAAUAUGGGACUCUUCCUUUUUUUUUUCUUCUCUUUAUGCUAAAUUAAGUUUGACGCUAAGGUCUGUGGUCUAAUCCGUCUACUAUAUAUUGAGAUAUUAAAAGGUAAUGUUUUAUAAUGGCAGUAGCAAAGACAAGUUUCAAUUGAUAUCUACAUUUGAUUAGCAUAGCAAUGAUAAGGUGUUCACAGUUUGUUCUGGUCUACUCAGUGCUAAUAGUUUUGAUGUGGUCAGCCCAGAUUGAAAGUAAAAUUUAUGGAACGUGGAUAACAAGAUAUAUCCAAAAUACGUGCCGGCGGUCGUUGUGUCUUUUCCGUGAGCACAAUUGUAUGAACGUGACCAGUACAAACUAUGAAGUGUGUAACACAGUCACUAGUCUCGUCGCUACACAGGGCUGUAUCUUGAGAGUUUGUAGGAAAGAACUAAAUAUGGUCUGUGCUGAGACGUCCCCGGGUCCAGAGUUUACAAAAGUACCAGCCGACAGCUGUUCUAUUGGACAAUCAUGUUAUAUGAAAAAUCAGAAUGCAGGUAGCCCAGUAUGACAUCGCGCCACGGUCAUGUGUGCGUUAAUGUACUUACAGAACUUUCUCAUCAGUGCAAUAUAAUGUGGAAUCGUUCUAAUAUUGGUUUCACACAAUUUAAUAAUUAUGACUCUGACUUAUGUCCUUAGACCUUAACUAUUAAAUACACUUUGUUUUAUUCCUUUUAAACCAGGCCCUAAUAUAACUGAAUCACUAUUAUUAUAUUUUGUUAUCGUCAAAGACAAUCUAUACAAAUGGACAGGUAUUAUACUGAGAUUGCGAUUCAUUUACAUAUUACAGUAGGGAAAUGACAAAUUUUUGUUCACUAAAUGAUCUCACAUCACACUAAGAAAAGUUUGCAGACGAAAGCUCGUUAUCAAGAAGAAUUCAUCAACGUUCUGGAGCCAAUAACCUGCAAGAGGUUUGUGGUAUAAACACAACUCUCAAAAGUCUUUUUUUUUACAAGGAAGAAAUAAGAGUGAAUCUGAUUAAUCGGACUAGCCGCUUAUUUGGACAAAA